CUUACGAAACUUAAAAAUCAUGUCGACCUCAGUGUUUCAAAUUCUUCUGCUUCUGGUUUUCCUCAAGUUGCAAGCAUCAGGUGCUGCACCUGGACUUGCGAAGCCUAACUGUCUUGAAACAUGCGGGAACGUCACCAUUCCCUUCCCCUUCGGAAUAGGAGCCGGGUGUUUCUUCGAGGAAUGGUACCAGAUCGUCUGCAAACAAAACAACACGGUUCCCAUUCUGAAGAAGAUUGGAUUGCGAGUUCUCAACAUUUCACUCCCUGAUGUAGACGUGGAUGGCAUGAUUAACGUUAGUCUUCCUGUAAUUUACUCAGAUGCAAGCUGCGGGGGUGACGGACGUGCUGCGGGGGUGAGCUUGGAAGGAAGUCAAUUUGUCUUCUCCCAGACAAGGAAUAUCUUUACAUUGGUCGGUUGCAACACCCUGGCCACAGUGAAUACCACACGAUCAGCUUUUGUCGGUUGCAGGUCGAGAUGUGCUGGAACCAACACCAGCUUUAGCUGGAAUAGUGCCUGUUCCGGGAGGGAUGGCUGCUGCCAGACUGUGCUCCCCCUUAACCUUCAAGGCUUUAGUGUGGAUUUCAAAGAAAAAGGUGGACAUCAGGGGUGCAAGUAUGCUUUCUUGAGGUCUGACUUUACAGGUUUAUAUGAUUUGAAAUUGAAUAAGACGGUUCCAGUGGUGCUGGAAUGGGGGAUUGCGAACAAUACUGACUAUGGACGCAAGCUUAUCCAGCAGUCGAAGACUGAUUAUCCUUCCUAUUGUCACAAUCAAACAUUUGACGGCAGUGAAAUGCUAUUUACACAAUGCUAUUGCACACGGGCGUAUGGUGGUAACCCAUAUCUUACUGAAGGAUGCAAAGGAGAUGCACCUCAACUGCAAAGUGACUGUGGUGAAACAUGCGGGAGCGUCACUAUUCCCUUCCCCUUCGGAAUACGAGCCGAGUGUUUCUUGGAUGACUGGUACCAGAUCGUCUGCGAACAAAACAACACGGUUCCCAUUCUGAAGAAGAUUGGAUUGCAAGUUCUCAACAUUUCACUCCCUGAUGAAUACGUGGAUGGCAUGAUUAACGUUAGUCUUCCUGUAAUUUACUCAAAUGCAAGCUGCGGGGGUGACGGACGUGGUGCACAGGGCUUUGGUGUGGAUUUCGAAGAAGAAAGCGGAGAUGAGGGGUGCAAGUACGCUUUCUUGGGGUCUCAUUCAGGUGUUUAUGAUUUGAGAUUGAGUGAUAGGGUUCCAGCGGUGUUGGAGUGGGGGAUUGCAAACAAUACCACGUAUGCACUUGACCUUAUCUACCAAGGAUACUAUCGCAUGAAUGAAUCUUUCACCUGUACAAGAUUUAAAAGUUUGAGCAGUGAAGGAGAAGGAAUUAUAUAUAGAUAUAGAAGCUACAGCGUCAACAGUGGUGAAAUAUUAUCUGGGCAGUGCUAUUGUCGUAUGGGGUAUCAUGGUAAUGCCUAUCUUAUUGGAGGAUGCAAAGAUAUUGACGAAUGUGAAGAUUCAAAUAGGUGCCGCGGGACUUGUGUCAACACACCAGGCUCCUUUCGCUGCGUCAGUGGUAGAAAGACAACCGAGUUCAUUCUUAUUGGAACUGGGGCAGGCCUUGGGGCACCACUUUUGUGUCUUGCCUUAUGGGGGCUGUACAAAUACAUCAAGAUGAGAAAAGAAAUCAAGCUCAAAGAGAAGUACUUCAUUGGUCUUUUGCUGGAUAGUGAGCUAUCUUCAGCCAAAGGCCAUGUUGAGAAAAACAAAUUGUUCAACUCCAAGGAUCUAGAGAAGGCUACUGACAAUUUCAACAAGGAUAGAAUACUUGGGCAAGGUGGACAAGGUACUAUUUACAAAGGAAUGUUAACAGAUGGCAAAAUAGUUGCUAUUAAGAAACCGAAAGCAAUAGAUGAGGGCGAAGUCAAACAAUUUAUAAAUGAAGUCGUCAUUCUCUCACGGAUCAACCAUAGAAAUAUCGUUAAGUUAUUGGGGUGUUGCUUGGAGACAAAAGUCCCACUUUUAGUAUACGAGUUUAUACCAAAUGGGACUCUAUACCAAUAUUUGCACGACUCGAAUGAGCAGUUUCAUGUAUCAUGGGACACACGCCUACGAAUUGCAGCUGAAAUUGCAGGAGCAUUAUUCUACUUGCACUCGGUAGCCUCGAUUCCCAUUUAUCAUCGAGACAUCAAGUCCACCAAUAUCCUCCUGGAUGAGAAAUAUCGAGCAAAAGUGGCAGAUUUUGGUAUUUCCAAGUCUAUUUCCCUCGAUCAAACUCAUGUAACCACGUUGGUGCAAGGGACUUUUGGCUACCUAGAUCCAGAGUAUUUCCAAUCAGGUCAAUUUACAGACAAAAGCGAUGUGUAUAGUUUUGGAGUUGUUCUUGUUGAACUAUUAACGGGACAAAAGCCAAUCUCGUCGCUGAGGGAACAAGAAGGCAGAAGCCUUGCAACCUAUUUCAUAAUUUCAAUGGAAGAAAAUCAGUUGUUUGACAUUGUGGAUGCUCAAGUUUUGAAAGAAGAUAAGAAGGAAGAGAUUGCAUUAGUUGCUAACCUUGCGAAAAGAUGCUUGAACUCGAAUGGGAGGAGCCGGCCCACAAUGAAAGAAGUGGCACUGGAGUUAGAGGUGAUGAGAAAGUUCCCAAAUCCUUUGGGUAUUCAGCAAAAUCAAGAGGACCAGGAGGCAACUGAAUCUUAUGUUGCUGCAUGUAAAUCCAGCAAGUCAAACAUUGAUGUGGAUGUCACUACAUUUUCGGAUGCGCAGCCAUUCAUACCUAGUGAGACAUGGUGAAGAUAUGUUUUGCCUCUUAUACUUAAGAGUUAUAUCGCUGCGUUUGUCAUGGAAAUCAGUUUUCAGAGCAAAAGAUAGAGAAAAGAGGGAAGGGAGGAAAGCUUGUUAGUUUACUAAUAGGAGGAUUUUGGUUAGUUAUUUAUUGUUAAUGAACUUAUUCUCAGUGUUUGGGAUCAAUGAACUAUUAAGUCAUGCAAAUCCCGAGUUUAUUCUAGUCCUGUAAUUAGCAUAAUGCUGUGAUUUCAGUUCAUCUUGAGAUCUUUGAAUACUUGCUAUCAAUUCGAUUGUUGCAAAACUUACGUCAA